AGGUGUGUCAUGUGAUCAGAGUUACAUACAGAUAGACUGCACUUGGAGAUGAACAAAUAGGACAGCCGCCAUUACUGAAGUCAGUCACAAAUUCUAAUGAUGGACCCCCGUACCAGUGCCCAGGAUGUGAUGCGAUGUGAUCUGUGUGAGACCGCUGUGGUACAGAUGCACUGUGAUACAUGUCUUGUCAACCUGUGUAAGGCCUGUGCAUGGGAGAACACAUGGUAUCUGAUCAAUCUAUCAAUCACAAAGUCGUCGGUAUUCAGGCCAGAAAAUGCACUUCCCUCUACCCUGGAUGUACAUACCAUAGCAAGGAACGAUGUAAAAUGUUCUGUAAACAAUGUGACACUCCUGUCUGUAUCAGCUGCAUUGAAUCUAAUCAACAUUUAGGUCAUGAAUUAUCUAAACUCUUACGAGUUUUGGAUGAAAGGAAGGACAUGAUUAUAAAAGAAAGAGAUGAAUUGAAUGAUACAAUUUAUCCCACAUAUCAGGACAUUGCCUCUGAUGUACAAAACAGAAUGAGUCAGUUACAAAAGGAAUAUGAUGAUCUCUCAACAGCCAUAACAAAACAUGGAGAGGACUGCCAUAGAGAAAUUGACAAACUUGUCAAGAAACUUAAAGCUGAAGUUGAUGAGAUGAAAAACACACAGUUACAAACUUUACAGAAACAUCUAGAUGAAAUAAACAACAAAUUGUCUAACAUGAAGGAGGAAAUGAAUUCUUUGGAAAUUGCUAUAGACACCAAUGACUUGUCAAAGCUAUUUAGUGUCACAUUAAAUGUACACACAUACAGAAAUCUUCCAAUCAAAAUUAUACCAUCUUUACCCAAAUUUAUUCCAGGAAAAAUCCAAGAAGAACUCCAUAAAUUCUUUGGAGCCUUAUCAUCAAGUUCUUUAACAUCAGAUAAACAUGGCUACAGCAUGAACACAACACAGAGAUCACCAAAAUCCUCUCCUCCUGUCAAACAGCUGCUUGAUGAACCAGAGACUGUCACCACCAUAAACACUGGCUUGGAAUCGCUUUACAGUGUGGUCAGUCUAAGUAAUGAAGAAAUCUGGACAAGAGUAUAUAGCAAAACCAUGAAACUAUACAGCAUCAAUCAGGGAUCGCUACUCAAGUCAAUCACAACCAAGUCAGGGAACAGACCAUAUGACAUAGCAGUGACAAAAAGUGGAGAUCUAGUUUAUACUGAUUAUGAUGAUAGAACUGUGAACAUUGUGAAGAAUGAGAGGAUAGAGGAGGUGAUCAGAUUACAGAACUGGAAACCUAAAGGUGUCUGUAGCACCUCCUCUGGUGACCUCCUGGUUAUCAUGAUCAGUGAUGAUAACAAACAAACAAAAGUUGUGCGUUACUCUGGUUCCACAGAGAAACAAACCAUUCAGUUUGAUGAUAAAUGUAAACCUCUCUAUUCAUCUGGUAGUGAUAACAAAUAUGUAACCGAGAACAGGAACCUGGAUAUUUGUGUGUCUGAACGUGGAGCUAAAGCAGUAGUGGUGGUCAAUCAGAAAGGGAAACUGAGAUUCAGAUACACUGGACAUACUCCUUCUUCAAAGAACCAUUCAUUCAGUCCAAAAGGAAUCACCACAGAUAGUCAGAGUCAUAUCCUUACAGCUGAUUAUUUCAAUCACUGUGUCCAUAUCAUAGACCAGGAUGGUCAAUUCCUCCGUUACAUAGACUGUGGACUGAAUUUUCCCUGGGGACUGUGUACAGAUACAAAUGACAAUCUGUUUGUUGCUGAAUGCGUAUACAAACAAGUGAUGAAAAUUAAAUAUCUGCAGUGAAA